UGAUGAUGACGAUGAUGAUGAUGAAGAAGAGGAAGAGGAGGAGGAAUUGGAAGGAGCCGUUGGUGGUUCUACAGAUGCUUUCGUGGCUGCUUAUUUGAUGAAACAAGAAUAUGCUGACAAACAAACAAAUACAGAAUGUGCUUUUCCGCCAGAAAAAUCUCGUUCCAGCCAACAACAACAGAUGUCAGAUGAUAGGCCUGUGAAACGUUCGCAAACCUUCACACCUUCAGCUGCUGUGGGUAAAAAUCGUUAUAUAUGCCGUUUAAAUCGCAGUGAUUCCGAUUCUGCCAUGCAUUUCGGUGUGACACCGCAUCCUUUCCAUCGUGGUGCCAUUGAGCGUCGUUCAUUACGCAUACAUCCCAAAGCACCAAAAUCAGUGACAAAACUACAUCAUACUCAUAUACCUAGAACAAGUUUAGAUUUGGAGUUGGACUUACAGGCGCAGCAUAGUAAGCUUUAUUAUCUUAAUGAUGAAAUAUCCAAGCUGCAAAACUUGAAAGAAACUUUAGAAAAAGCGCGCGAUAAUAUGGAUCCUUUGAUUGCCUCUUGGGCGAUGGAAAAUGAGGAAUUCCAACGUUUAGUUGAACGUGCGGAUCCUUCUAAGUGUCCUGAAGAAAAGCAAUUACAAAAACUACUAAUCAAAACAACCAAAGAAAUUUAUAAGCUGCGUAAAACAAAAGUGCCUAAAGGUUGUCCGGAUUUAGUAUCAUUCAAAGAAAAAAUAUCAUUCUUUACACGCAAAGGACUUUCAGUACCUGAGCUUCCACUUGAUUUUUUAAUACCUGAAGCUGAUUCAAUAGAGGAGGAGGAGGAAGAAGAAGAAGAUGAUGAUGAAGAUAAUGCCGCAGAAACAGCCAUUGCUAUAAAUACAGCUCUUGUUGCUAGCAGCAAUAGGAAUAAGAAUCUCAGCGAUAAUCAUUCAGGCGGUCGUAGAGAAAUACCAGCGUACAAAUGUAACGCCAUAUCGAUGAGCACAAAUGUUACAACAGCACCAACUCAAGCGACUCAAGCGACACCCACAAUAACAGCAACUGUUCCAACAUUAGAGAAAACAUUAACAAAUAACACAACUAACAAUGAAAACGAUGAUGUGAACCCAACAGAAACGCCAAAAGAUGGCCAUCGUUACACUUAUGUUGUUGACCCUACCUAUGGAGUAGAGGUUUAACUUAGAUUACUGUUUAAUUGGUAGGGCAGCAAGAUAUUAGUAAUUUUAAUUACACUUGUAUAUUAUUGUAAUUUAUUUAAUUUAUAAACGU